UUAGAGGAUGUCCAAUUUUUGAUAAAAAUAAAAAAAUCAAUGUUGUGAAAGCGCACAAUAAUAUCUCAUUUUACAGAGCACGAAAAAUUGUUGAAGGCGGUGACGCUUCAGUGUUGUCCAGCCAAGAUAGAUACGUGAACCCGGGGGCGUGGCCCACUCUACCGGAGCCCAGAGGUGACAUGAUGUACUCUGCAAAAACUAAAUCUAAUUCCCGGAACGAGGUAGAAAUUUCUAAAUCAAAAAAUGACUACAGGGAUAAACAUCCCCGUGAUGAGACUCAGAGGGACAAUAGGAGGAUAGCUCCCUCCCGCUCUUUUUAUAAACAAUUUAACCUUCGAGAAGAGGAAAUUAACCAGAACAGGAGAGGCUUGGCGCUGGGGGCCUGUCGCAGCGGUGCAACUGUGGAAAGUGACAGCAAGGAUGCUUCCUCCGACGAGGGGAGGAAAGGCAUGAUGUUUUCUGCGGGGAUUUCGAAUGCCAGAGAUAUUGUCGAGGGAAUCCUUUUAUUGUUACAAAGUGAUCCACAGGGUUUCAGAGGCCGUAAGCAGGAGUUAUCUAAGAGAGUCAUGGACUACGAUAUAGUGGUCCUUACGGAAACAAAAUGUUCGGAACGCAGUCAGGUCUAUUUCCCUGGAUUCAGAACUCUAAAUAGUGAUAACCUCUUGGGUAGCGGUGGAGUCUCAAUCUCAAUUCGUUUACAUAUGGAUUUUGAUGUUGUCCCCAUCGUGGCUCCUCCGAUUGG